AUGGCAAAUGGGGGCGUUCGCGGGGCCACACGCUUAUCUUGUGGAUGCGAUUCUCUUUCCCCGGCCCUCUUAAAUUUUACAACUCUCCUCUCUUCCUCUUUCUCACUCUAUAGGAAAGUGGGCGCUUCCUUCAACAGCUUUGUGCUACAGUAAAUGAAAUGCUGGCUUGAACUAUUUAUAUUUUCUUCUCAUCUUGACGCCUCACAUGGCAGUUACUGCAAGCAAGUUUUCUAGUGGCCCUGCAGUGACUAAGAAGCCAACUGUUUCUAAAUCAUGUGGAAUAAUUUAUUCAUUUUCCAAGUUAACACAGAACACAAGGUUAUAUCCUACAAUUCGGUUAUUUGAGCAUGGACAACACAGCAACGGGCAUCCACUGACAACUAAAUUGAGCUUUUCUGAUGUUUGUUUGUGGCACACCCAUGGAGGACUUAAUAGUAAUAUUACUUCUCGAAGAUCUUGCAUUUUAUGUCAGUUGACAAGAAUGCAUAACAGUGAAGCAAAAGAAUGUGCUAGAAACCAUGGUGACUAUUCAGAUUUAUCCAGUGCACCAAGUGGAGAUGAUGACAAGCAUCCAGUAAUUCUUCAGAGAUCUAUUCAUUCAAGUCGGGGAUUAGCUGAAGCUUGUAAAUUUGUGUACAAUGAUGCAAAAUUUGUGAAUGAAAGGGCACGUAAUGACAUCAUCAUGCUAUCUCGGGGCAUAAUGAGGUUAGAUGCCCGUGCACGUCAAGAUUUUGCUAUUCUUGGGUUGGAAUUUCUCAAGCUUGAUGCUCGAGCUAGGGAGGACACUGAGAGAAUUGACCAUGAUGUGAAGGAAAAAGCAGAACACCUUCAUCAUAUAGCAAGUAUUUUAAAGAAUAAAGCCCAGUCUAGAUUGAAAAGUGUUGCUGACAGGCACUGGAGUGAUGGAGCCCUGGAGGCUGAUUUGCGCCGUGCUGACUUCUGUGCAAAACGGCGUGCAAUGGAAGAUGCCCUAAUGGCUUUGGAGUUCAUCAAAGAUAUAAAUGACCUGAUGGUGAGCAAGUUGUACAAGUUCCCUUUAUGUAGGAAAAAGGGUUCGUUAUCUGCUAAUAACACAACGGGACAUAUAAUGCUUGAAAAGAAUGGGAAAACUCUUGAUUUCUUCCCUGGGGAAGUGUCAACAAAUCGCAUUACUGCUAUUCAGGAAGCCUACUUGAGUAUGGCAUCUGCUCUUUCAGAAGCUGAUGGAAUCGAUUAUACUGAUCCGGAAGAGCUGGAGUUGUUGGUGGCUGCACUUAUAGAUCUUGACGCAAUGGAUGGUAAAAGUAGUGUAUCAUUAUUAGCAGAAUGUUCUAGUUCUCCAGAUGUCAAUAUGAGACGAGCAUUAGCCAAUGCAUUGGCAGCAGCCCCUUCCAUGUGGGCUCUGGGAAAUGCAGGCAUGGGUGCAUUACAGAGACUAGCAGAAGAUAGCAACCCAACUAUUGCUGCCGCCGCAUCCAAAGCCAUCCGUGAACUGAAGAAACAGUGGGAAAUAGAGGAAGGAGAUAGUUGGAGGUUCAUGAUGGAUCAAAAGCCAAUGGAAGAUGUAGAUAGCGAGGAAGACAACAACAAUGCAGAAUUGAAUUAGAAGCAUCCACACACAAUUAUACAUAGCAAUUAACAAAUCAGUGUAGAUGUCUAAAUCAAGGAGCAAGGAACAAUUAGGAUAAUUCACCACAUGAAAAGAAGGGUAACAAAUUGUUAGAUGGAUGGUGUUCAUUGUGGAGGCUUGGUCCUCCCGUGCGCACAGUGUGGAGGGGUGGGAUGGGCUGUGAUCAUCGUGCAAGGGACAACCAUAUUUUGAGAUUUUAUUUGAUUUUGAUUUAUUUUAUAAUUGGUUAUGCUAAAAUUUCUUUAUAGCAAAUUAGGAAAGCAUAUCUUUUAGAAUUUAGGGAACUAGAACUUUGGAAACUAAUUACUUAUAUUAGAAGGUUAUAUGCCUUUGAAGGCAGUCUUUGAUUAUUGAAAUUGAUUUGGGCUUGUGGUUAGGUUUUUGGCCUUGCGUGCGUUCAGUGACUUUUUUGCCUUGCAAGUUCUGGCGCGCACACUGGGUAGAAAAACACUAACCCAAGGGCAAAUGUAUUGGUAAUCAAGUGGCCCUCAUAUAAAUUAGUAGUCUCCUAAUUUCCCUAAUUUGUUAUAUGAAGGUAUUCAUAACCAAAUCAUAAAAUAGAAUCAAAAUUGGAUAAAACUCAAAAUUUGGUUCUUUUCUUGAACAAUGUGCAAACCUACACGAUAAAUGCUCAUUGUUGUCAUCCAUGCUGAUCUAAUAGAAAUGAUUUUUCACGUGUUCAUGUUUGAA